AUGGCUCCCGGUGCAGACCAUGAAGGAUACAGCUUUGGCGGACCAGUGGAUACGGCUGCAGUUGUUGUAGUUGGCGCUGGGCCAUCGGGCUUGAUGCUCGCGUCCAAUCUCGCUCGCUUUGGGAUUGACGUCGUCAUUCUCGAUGAUCGCCCCGACAAAACGUCCACAGGCAAGGCAGAUGGCAUGCAGCCAAAGACCAUCGAGACUUUCAAACAGAUGCGCCUGGCAGAGCCCCUGCUGAAAAAUGCCGCGCGCGUAUAUGAUAUUUCAUUCUGGCAAUCCACAGCAGACGAGCCACUCCGGCGAACGGGUCGUCAAACACACUACCCCGAGCAUCUUGUCGGAGCAUCCGAUCCUUAUAUUCUUUUGGCUCACCAAGGAAUGAUCGAAGAGAUUUUGAUAGAUGAUAUGGAGAUGAGGGAUGUUUUCGUGACUCGAAAUGCCCGCUUCUCAUCUUGUUCGACAACAGGAUCAGGACAGUUGGAGGUCACGUAUGAAGAUCUCUCAACUAACACCAACAAAACAAUCCGCGCUGAAUACCUGAUCGGAUGUGAUGGCGCACGAUCAAAAGUGCGAUCUUUCAUUCCCGACGCUGAGCUGGAGGGUGAAAUGACCAACGCAUCAUGGGGUGUGCUAGACGGUGUCAUCGAUACCGACUUCCCUGAUCUAUGGAGCAAAGUAGCAGUCCGCUCCCAUACUGCCGGGUCUAUUCUCUGGAUUCCGCGAGAGCGCAAUAUGACACGGCUAUAUGUUGAGCUAAGCGCGACCGAUGGAGAGCGAUUCGAAAAAUCCAAAGCAACCAAAGAGUAUGUUAUGCAACGAGCAAAGGAGGCAAUGCACCCUUUCAACCUUGAAUGGAAGACAGUCGAAUGGUUCGGGAAUUAUGUGGUCGGACAAAGAGUAGCGAAACACUUCAUGGAUCCUGAGGCCCGCAUCUUUAUUGCUGGAGAUGCCGGCCAUUGCCACUCAGCUUUAGCAGCCCAAGGAGCCAACACGAGCAUGCACGACAGUUUCAACCUCGCAUGGAAACUCAACCUUGUGAUUCGUGGGCUAGCUAAGCCGUCUUUAUUGUUUACCUACGAAGAAGAGCGACGCAAGAUCGCCAAUGAUUUGAUCGACUUUGACGCAGAGCAUUGCAAUGCAUUCGAGCAAGGAGAAGUUGCGCUGGCGAAGAAUUUCAACGAUAAUAUUCGAUUCAUCUCUGGCGUGGGGGCUGAAUACUCUACUGGUCCUUUAAGUCAUGCUACGGGCAGUGCAUCUUUUUCUCCUCUUCAGCCAGGGGGGCUACAGCUUCCGGCCCAGGUAACGCGUUAUAUCGAUGCAAAUCCGGUGGAUAUCCAACUUGAUAUCCCUUUGUUGGGUCAGUUCCGCAUAUACCUGUUUGUCCCUGAUGUGAAGGCAUCCUUGGGGUUCUUGAAUCUUUUUUGCGGUAUUUUGGCCAAUCCAGAUGGAUUUGGAAAGCUGGCUCUGGGGGCCAGGCAGUCGUACAUCAAGAGAAAUCGCGGAUUGGCCCCGGUAGAUGAGUUCAUCUCGCCUCAAAGAUACACUACUGUGUCGGAUAUGUUUACAUGUGCGAUGGUGACUCAGGCGGCCAGGUCGGACUUUGAGAUUGCAGACCUGCCACAGGUUUUGCAGGACAGUCGAUGGACACUAUACCUUGAUAAGAAUGCAAAAAAUACGUGGUUUGGAAGCCUGGAAGGUGAAAAGGUUGGCAUAGCUAUUAUACGUCCGGAUGGAUAUUGUGGAAGCAUUGAAAGAUGGGGGCUUGAAGAGGCAGUUCAGGCAGGACAAUCGGUAGAAGAUUACUUCGCAUUUAUGUUGUAA